AUGACUGAUGCAGCAGUCGCUACAACUACCUCACCUGCCACUGGCAAUGCCAUGGAUGACUACACUGCCAUGGCCAAUGACUACAUGAUGGGUGUUUGGGAGGAGGAUUUUGGUGUGGAUGGUGCCAUCAAUCUUGGGCCUGACCCAGACAUGCAAGACAUUAUACCCGACCAUACCCCUGUGGGUGAGAAUGCAACAGCUGCAGCUAACAUGGAUGAUUUGGCGGAAGGCACGGAGUCAGACAUCCUCUGGAAUCUGCUUGAAGAGGACCUCCCAUAUAACACUGAGCCAGCCAACCAGUUACCACCAGAGGUGCCCCAAGCAAACACGGCGGGUGGCAUUCUCUGUGUAUGUGGCUGCGGAUUGCCAUAUAAGAAGCCUGGCUCUGCCCAAUGGUACCUGCAGCAUCUGGACAGCCCACUGUACGUGAUCAGCCUCAACGGUGUGCCUGUCUAUACUCACCCAGUGACCCUACGGCAGCAACUCUACACCAUUCUACAGCAGAUGGAGCUAACAACUCCUGGGCGUGCAGAGCUUGAGUUCUGGCUCAGCUGUAUGAAAUAUACUUGCCCGUUAGGCCACUACAAUUUUAGUGUACCAACCCUGUACAUGCUGAAAAAACUGACUGAGGUUAGUGCUUGGACCACCCAUCAAUAUUUCAUCUGUGACAGCAAGCAGUGCCGGGGCCACAUCUUCAGCACCAAAGAGGUGGAGGGUGCUCGGCUCACGAAGUGCCCGAACUGUGAGCAAGUCCGCACCUUGUGUCAGGAUGCUGGAGGAGAUCCUAAAAUAGAGCCAACACCGUACACUGUUUACUUCGGUGUUGAGGAUGCAAUUCGGGAGCUGUUUUCUGACAAGCAGUGGUGCAGUGAGCGUGGAAAGUUCAGGCGCAUUGGCCCAGAUGCAGGUGGCUCCUGGUGGGAAGGCACCUACUUGAAGACACACCUGUCCAGGCCAGACAAGCUUGGUGAUGCUGUAUACAGCCCACACAACUCAUUUUACGACAUUGGUGUUGAUUGGGUACAGCCAUACAAGAGCGCCAAGUAUUCCAUGGGCAUCAUGUUUAUCCGCUGUGCGGACAUAAAGGAAGAAAAUAAGAGCAAGAACUGGAACUGUGCAGUUAUUGGUAUCAUCCCUGGCCCCAAAAAGCCAAGCAAUCUUGGACCUCAUCUCAGUAGGGUGAUCGAUGACCUGGACAGGCUGUCUAGAAUUCCCAUGACAGUCGAUGAGGUGUACUAUGGACCAGAUGGCUCCCUCAUCUGCAACACGAUCUCCCACCAUGCCUUCCUUGGUUCUGUAAUGGCGGAUGGGCCAGCAAGGACCGACCUUGGAUGCUACAGGGGCCACAACUCCAUACAUGGGGCCUGCCCCUGGUGUACAUUCGAGGGUGCCACUGCACCAGAGAGUAGCACAGCUCGUUUCAAGGGAUAUGCCAAAGGGGUGACACACAGCAGCCGUGCAAAGCACAUUUACCUCACCUCUGAUUUUGGACGGAAGUACACCUGUGUCAUCAAUGACCGGGGUACAUGGAGAAUGGAGGACUAUCUUCACUUCACUGAGGCAAUUGCACCUUAUGUGUUCAUGCAAGCCCUGCCACCAACACUUUCAGAGUGCUGGAAGCUGCUAACAGCAACUGUACAGCAUUAUUUCAGGCCCUUUGUGGCUGAUGAGAAUGGUGACGGUUCUGUAGCUGCCUUCCAGAAGACAGCAUGUGCAGGCUGGGCAAAUUUGUUUCAGUAUGCCGCCACUAUUGAGCAGCUGGGCUUUCCGGAUUACAUGUUCACCAUCAAUCUACAUACCUGUGUCUGCCGGCUGUUCGACCAGGAGAUGGCCCGUGGCUCUGCAGCAGCAGAUGCCGAUUUCGUGGUGGAAAGGCAGAUGCAGGCUGCCAAGUCAGCCACGGGCAGGGGUGUCAGUCGCUUCCCAGACAAGCACUUCGCUGUAGUGGAGUGCAUCAGGCGUGCUCAGCGCAAUGUAAAAGAAGGGGCAGAUGCUUCUGGUGUCCAACUGAGGUCAAUGCAGCAGCUCUUCAUGUUUUUUCGCCAGGCUGAUCCCCUGCAUCCCAAGUGCAAAUCCCAGUCUGCACUUGAUGAACAUACUGACUUGAUAGGCAGUUCUGUCCCACUGCAGAAGGACCCCUUGUUAGCACAGGAGGUCAAAGUUGCCUUUGAACGCCUUGUCAAGGACCAGGCACAUGCUUUGGAGUCUGUGCGGUCAUGGACUUGCGGCAGGCCUCCUUACAAUAUCUGCUGGGAGGCUCUUAUGCCACUUGUGGACCCAUCAGCAGAAGAUGCCACCAUUGAAGGUCAAAUUGCCACCGUGGCCAGCAGAGCCGAGUGGAACGGAGACAUUUUCUUCAGUACAUUAUACAAGCGACCUUCAGCAAGGUUAUCAUAUUGGGUGCUUUUGGCUUGGCGGGGGCUAAAUGAUCAGGUUGUGCCAUAUAUUGGCAUGGUCAAGUACUUCACCAACCUGCCAGCAAUGCCCCGAUCUAGCCCCCGUGGAUCAACCACCAUGCUGACUUUGGCGAUAGUCGACCUAUUCAAGGGUUCAUUCGUCAAUCCUGCUAUGGUAGAAGUGGACAUGGAUCGAGCCCUGGGCAGGAAGCCUGCAAGUGGCAUUUGGAGGUGGCCCCUCUAUGCUGUCCCUCUUGAGUUGAUUGAUGGAAAAGUGAUUGUUGCUGCCCCACAGGGAAUGCUCAAGGGCAAAAUGUACUUUACACGUUACUACAGUACCAGUGACCACUGA